AAGCUGUGCGGCUCGAGCGCCACCCGGGAACCCAGAAUGGGUCCGACGUGGCUCGCACGAUGACGCCGGGAGACGACCUGCCCGCGCCGCCCACGCGCCCUGAGGCCCGACACAGCGCCGGGAGCGCCGCGGUCGGGAAGGACGGCCCGACCUUCGACGAGCGGAUCGAGCGGCUCGUGGCGCGGCUGCGUGGACUGCCCCUCGCCGAGGUCCUGCCCUCGGCAGCCGCGCCCGCCGCCGGCGGCGGAGCGACCGGACGUGCCGUGGAGGCGGUGCUAGGCGCGGCCAGGCGCCAGACGCGGCAGCACACGAAGGCGUUCAAGCACCGCGCGCAGGUGGAGGCCAUCGCCGAGCACUGCCUGCGGCGCCUGCCGAGCACGUGCGAGGUGGUGGUCGAGCUCGGGGCCGGCCAGGGCCUGCUCGGCCACGCCGUCAGCGUGGCCAGCGGCCUGCCGCUGGUGGCCAUCGAGCAGCGGGGCAACACGGACGCCCUCGACGCGGCGGUGCCGCAGGAGGGGGAGGUCGCGGGCGCCGCGGUGCUGCGGGUGCAGGCCGACAUCGGGGACGAGAGCGCGUGGCCGACGGGCCUGUGGUCCGAGUCUGGGGAGGCGCAGGCGGUGCUGCUCGCGAAGCACCUCUGCAGCCACAGCUCCGACCUCGCCGUGGGCGCGGCCGUCUCGCUGGGCGCGCGGCUCGGCCUGCUGUGUCUUGCGCCCUGCUGCCACGCGAAGAUGGCGUGGGAGGGGCUGGGCGCCGAGAUGCAGGACUGGCUCAGGCGCAGCGGGUGCAUUGAGGACGCCAAGGACUUUUCCCUGCUGCUGGAUGUUGUCCGCCUGUCCCGCGCAGGCGACGCCAAGAAGGGCUACGUGCCCUGCGCCAAGUGGAAGCUGAGGCGAUACCUCGAGCAGGACGAGGUGGAGGCCCUGGGGCGCCGCGCGUGCCGCGUUAUCGACGAGGCGAGGCUCUCGAGGCUUCGGGCGGCUGGCUUCGACGCCGUGCUCCUUGAGUAUUGCGACGCCGGCCUGACGCCCGACAACGUGCUCAUCCUCGCCGCGCGCGGUGGCUGGCUCCAGGCGGACGCUGCGGCGCCCCAGGGCUGGGAACCUGGGCAUGCGCACCCAGAGUCGGGCGUCGUCCUGGAGCUGGACCCCACCUCCCCUGUAUCCCUGCUUCAGCGUCUGUUGGCGUACCUGCAUGAGCAGCGGCCCGUCCGCUUCCGAGCAAUGCACUCGGUGCUGCCGCUGGCGGAGUGUGCGCAAUCCCGCGCGCCGCCCGCGGUGGCCUGCUUCGCGGAGCAGGGGCAUGCGCGGGAGCUGCUGCGUCAGCUGAAGGAGUGCCCCGUGCUCGCCCGCGUGGCGACGCGCGCGCUGCCUUUCGAGGAGCCAGCACAGGACCUGGAGGCGGCGGCGGAGACGGCGGGAAUGCUGCUGGCGGCUGAGGGGCCGGGGGCCAUGGUACGUGUCCAGGCGCGGCCCAGGAGCAUCGAGGGCGAAGUGUGCUCCGCGAUGGGCCCCUCCAGGCUGCAGCCAGCGCGCCCAACGCACGUGCUUUCUGUGGUGUCACUGGGCCUGCCAGGCGCCGUCGCCGGGGCGGGCGCCAAUGGCGCGGGCGCAGUCGCCGAGGGCUCGGGCCGGCAGCCUCCGCUGCGCGUGUCCCUCCUCCCGCGCCAGGAGCUCGACGUGGCCGCGUGGGGGGCGGCGCGCGCGGAGGGUGACCGGGGCGCCCGCGCCUAUUGGCGCUGCGUGGAGCUGGCCAGGCGGUGGCCGCAGCGCGUGGGCGCGGCGCGGUCCGUGGCGCUGUGGACCGACAGCCCCGAGCCGUGCGAGUGGGUGCGCAGGUGGCUCGACGAGUUCUCGCCCGCCGGCGCCGCGGCGGUAGAGCUCCGCUUGUCUGGCGACGGCGUCGCGCACCAGUGGAUCCGCGGCGCCCCGAGCCACGGCGGCAUGGCGGAGGCCACGGUGCUCCUGUGCGACGUGGCCGACACGGGGGACGGGGCGGUGGACGCGCUGCGGGGGCUCCUGGCCGCCUGCGCCCCCGGGGGCUCCGCCGGCGGGGCCCUGGCGGCCGAGGGCCUGGCCGUGCUGCGGCUGCGCUGCGGGCGCUCCGCGCGCGCGGAGAAGCAGUGGCACCGCCGGGCGUCGCGCGACCUGCAGGCGAAGCUCGGCGCCUCCCGUGUGGAGCUGCACCACCUCCUGGCCGACCGCGAGCUCGAGCGCACCGCGGCCUUCUCCUGGUCGGGGCCGCCCCCCGCGCGCGCGGCGGCCGCAGGAGGCGCCCCGGAAAGCGCGGCGCCGCGCGAGGCGGGCACGGAGGCGUGCGAGUAAAACGACACUAGAUGGACAA